GUCCACCGUCAGGCCAAACCACGGAGCAGCACCAACGCCCACGCACGGCAGAGAGAAACGCAGCCUAAUCACGUCCACUGCACAGGUAACCCACUCGCAAACAAUGGCCCAACACACCGUAUAGCAAAAAAAGCUUCGAGGGGGUCUAGCCUCCACAGAUUGCUUAUAGCAAUUGAUUGAAAUUGCUUAUAGCAUCCACAGAGGGGUCUUGCCUCCUCAUGUGAUUUCAAUCCAACUCUUAAAGAUUACUUGAGGAAUUUAAUCGUACUGUGAAAAUGAAUACAAAAACACUGUUAAAUUCUCACCCCAAGUCUUAUGCUUCCUCUAAUAUUUAUGCUCUUAAUGCCUACUUCAAGCUCUUCUCAUCAAUGCCAGCUCCCACUUCACACACUGACAUAGACACCAAAAUAAGGUCCCUUUGUGAGAAACCCAAUUCUCAAUUCUCCGAGGCCGUUUCAUUGUUUCAAUGUGCCGUCGGUUCUUGCCUCUUGCCUUCUUGGUCAACCUGCAAUUUCCUUGUUGAUGUGCUUGCAAGGUCGAAAAAUCAUGACUUGGCUCUUUCGGUUUAUAAGCAGAUGACCCAUGUUGGUGUUUCACCGAGUUUUCUCUCAUUGAGUGGUUUGACUGAUUGUUUUGUGAGCGCCCGGAAGCCCGAAUUGGCGCUUGGGGUCAUGGGGUUAAUGGUGAAGUGGGGUUUUAGGUUUCAUGUAUUUGGUAUGAAUCGUAUAUUAAAGGGUUUGUGCCAAAAUGGUGAGGUUGGGAAUGCAAUGGGUUUGUUCCGAGAAAUGCAAAGGAAUUGUGUAUCACCAGAUAUUAUUAGUUACAACAUUCUUAUAAAUGGACUUUGCAAGGCGAAGAAAUUGAGAGAAGCGGUAUGUUUGUUUGUUGACAUGGAGGCGGCUGAUUGUCACCCGAAUUUGGUAACAUACACGACUUUGGUAGAUGGUCUUUGUAAGGAUGGUAGAGUUGAUGAGGCAAUGGAUGUGUGGGAGGAGAUGAAGAAGAAAGGUCUGGAUGCGGAUGUUAUUGUGUACAGUGCCCUUAUAAAUGGCCUUUCUUUUAAAGGAAAUGUUGAUAGAGCGAAAGAUGUUUUUGAUGAGAUGCUGGGAAAGGGAAUUCUCCCCAAUGUAGUUACUUAUAAUCCUUUGAUGCAUAAUCUUUGUAGGAUGGGGCAUUGGAAAGAGGCCACUGUGAUGUUGAAUGAUAUGGAAGAACGUGGAAUUCGCCUUGAUGUUGUUACUUAUACGGUGUUAAUUGAAGGGCUUUGCAAAGAUGGGAGGGCUAGAAAUGCCAUGGACAUAUUGGACUUGAUGCUUGAGAAGGGAGUAGAGCCUAGCACUCAAACAUAUAAUGUUAUAAUUAAUGGACUAUGCAAGGGGGGCAUGGUCAGUGAAGCUUUUAAAAUAUUGGAAAUGAUGACUAAGAAGGGGAUAGAGCCUGAUGUGGUUACUUACAAUACAUUGUUGAUGGGACUUUGUGGUGACGGGAAGGUUGAUGAGGCGAUGAAACUCUUAAAAUUUAUUUUGAAUGGGGAGAGCUUUGUUGAACCGAAUGUCAUGACAUUUAACUUGUUAAUUCAGGGAUUCUGCAAGGAAGGCUGUCUUGAUGAGGCUGUAGAGAUAUAUCAUAUGAUGGUUGAAAAGGGGAUCUCAGGUAGCAUUGUAACUUACAAUUUUUUGAUUGGGGGGUAUCUGAAGGCAGGAAUGGUUGGCAAAGCCAUGGAACUAUGGAAACAUGCACUGGACUUGGGACUUUCUCCAAACUCAACCACAUAUAGUAUUAUAAUUGAUGGUUUUUGCAAAAUGCCUAUACUUAGUGUUGCUAAGGGCAUUUUUAGUAAAAUGAAGACUUGUGGGCUUAGUCCGACGGUGUUUGAUUACAAUACAUUGAUGGCAUCCUUGUGCAAGGAGGGUAGCUUGGAGCAAGCUAGGAGGCUGUUUCAAGAAAUGAGAAAUUCAACUCAUGCACCAGAUGUUGCAUCAUUUACUAUAAUAAUCAAUGCAACUUUCAAAGCAGGAGAUUUUCAAUGUGCCAAGGAAUUGCUAAUGGACAUGCUUGAAUUAGGUUUAAUGCCUGAUCAUUUGACCUUUUCCGUAUUAAUAAAUAGAUUGUCAAAACUUGGUCUAUUGGAAGAUGCUAAAAGUGUUUUUGAGAGAAUGAUAGAUAGUGGUUUUACACCAGACACCUUCGUAUAUGAUUCUUUACUUAAGGGCUUUGCUUCAAAGGGAGAAACCAAAGCAAUCAUUGACCUGCUUCAUCAAAUGGCAGAUAAGGGUCUUGUUCUUGACUCAGAAAUAAUUUCUACCAUCUUGACAUGCCUUUGUGAUAUGUCAAAAGACGUUGAUGUUAUGGAGAUUCUGCCCAAUUUUUCCAAAGAGGCAUCAAAAGGAGCAAGCAUUUCAUGCGACGAGCUUUUAUCAAAACUGAACAAGUCUCACCCAGAACUUAAAUUUUGUGUUGCGUGAUACUCUGCAUCUCAAGAAAGGCUUGCCGAUGCAAUAAUAGAUCUCCAACAGUACUCUCCUAAGGCCUUAGGGCAUUUGGAAGGUUCAGUUCUACUCUUGUGAGAGCAUUGGUUUUGGACAAAGAAUAGCUUCCCUCUUCAUACCUAUGUGUUGAGCACUGGAAGGUUCUAGUCGAGGUUUAGCACUUCAUUUCAUCACGUACAAAAACUGGCCUUCACUUCAGGACAUGCAUGCAGAGUUAUUGAAACUAAAGGGUAAGAGACAAGAAGUCCUAAACACCAAUCUGUGAAAUCAGAUAUUCGACCAAUAUACUGUCACCUGAGAGAGAUACAGACUGAACUAUUGUUAUGGUUGGAACUUAUUGCAAGUAUGGAAGGAUGAAUUGCAGAGUAGAUUCUCAUACUUAUACAACAUGGAAGAUGGAUGUCAAGAAUCUCCAGUGCAGAUUCCAAAGCAGAAAAGACAGCUUGGUGAAUAUCAGGCUUUAAAGUUUCAAGAUGAGGUCUUAACAUGAAGCAGGAGAACAAGAAGGUUUCCAAAAACUGCAAGCAGGCCUCAAUUGCGUGAGUGCAUUGAAGGUUGAUGUUAAGAAGACACUGGUGCAAGAUCUUGGGAUUUUAGUGUCAGAAACAAACAAGAAGUUGGGCCCAAAUUCCCUUGCGGUCUUUCUUAUUUGGGGUUAAGUUGAAGAAGCAAAAGACAUCAAUCUUCUCUUUUUGUGACUCCAGCAUUGCAGAAACAAGCAGCUGGAGUCCCUAUGUAGAUUAGCCUUUCUCUACUUGUUUUGCUUUGUCAUUUACUUUUUUGGUGUUUGAAAACUCAUUGAUUGGAGUUUUUUUUUGUUGAUACUGGGUUUUAGAUUCCUUUGCAGAUAGAAAUUGCAGAGGGUUUCUUGUUCUUGUAAUUUUGGUUUUAAACCCAAGUAAAUAAAAUAUGUUUCCUUAUAUUCGGUUUGUAAUAUAAGUAUAUGAUCUUUUUAAGGAUUCCUCCCUUUAUUUCAAUCCUCACUUUCCGAAUUUCAAUUCUGUGUAUCAAGAAACCUUUGAGCGGCU